CUCUCUCUCUCUCUCUCUCUCUCUCUCUCUCUCUCUCUCUCUCUCUCUCUCUCUCUCUCUCUCUCUCUAUUUAUCUCUCUUUCUCUCUAUUUCUCCUUCGAAAAAUGGCCAACAUUCCCGGCGCCGCGCAGCUGUUCGACGAAUUAGACAAGAAGCUGAUGGUCUACCUUCGCGACGGCCGCACUCUCAUAGGCUACCUCCGUUCGGUCGACCAGUUCGCCAACCUCGUCCUCCACCGCACCAUCGAGCGCAUCCACGUCGGAGAUCGCUACGGUGACAUCGACCGGGGGGUGUUUGUCAUCCGGGGCGAGAAUGUGGUGUUGCUGGGCGAGAUUGACGAAGCCCGCGAGCACGCCCCCUCGGCCGCGAGCCUGACCAAAGUGAGCAUCGAGGAGAUCCUGGAGGCCCAGCGGGUGGAGCAGGAGAGGAAGCAGGAGCAGGACAUGUUGAGGUCGCGUUUCAUGAAGGAGAGGGGCCUGCAGUACAUGGCCGAGAUUGGGCCUGAUGAUAUGUAUUAGAGGGAAGAGGAGGGAAGUGGAGGGAAGAGGAGGGA